GACGCUCCCUACGUCAUGACGCACGAAGCGAAGAUAAAAUGAAUGUGAGGCGGAAUAAGACCGAAGCGUCGCAGAAAAGCUCCAUAAAAGCGUCCUAACGGCUCGGUUUCCUGUCCAGCGCAGACUCGACGGCCCAGCCAUGCUGCAGGAGGACGGCUGCUGCCCAGCAGAGCUGGACAGAACCGAGGCCCACCUGCAGGAGCCUCUCAUUCUGGAGAAGGCUGAAAAACAACCGUCUCAAAAAUGGCAUGUGGCUGUGUCGCAACGGCUGAAAAAACAUUGUUCCUGCACACCACAAAAGGUCAAAUUCAAAAUCCUUGGCUUCGUCCCAAUCCUGCAGUGGCUGCCACGUUACCAGCUCAGGAACUGGAUUCUGGGGGAUGUCAUGUCAGGGGUCAUCGUCGGCAUCCUGCUGGUCCCACAAUCCAUCGCUUACUCCCUGUUGGCCAGUCAGGACCCCAUCUAUGGACUCUACACUUCUUUCUUCUCGUCCAUCAUUUAUACCCUCCUGGGCUCAUCCCGGCACAUCUCUGUGGGCAUUUUCGGAGUCCUCUGCCUGCUUGUGGGUCAGGUUGUGGACAGAGAACUGGCUUUGGCAGGAUACCUCACAGAGAGCAGCAUCAGCGCAGAUAAUGCCACCGUCCUCCUGGCUGGUCAGGGAAACAUCAGCGACGGGCAAAUAUGUGACAGGAGCUGCUACGCCAUCACAGUAGGAGCAACAGUCACGUUCACAGCUGGGAUUUAUCAGGUGUUGAUGGGCCUUUUGCAGAUCGGGUUUGUCUCAGUCUACCUCUCCGACUCCCUCCUCAGUGGCUUUGCCACAGGAGCCUCCCUGACUAUCCUCACCUCGCAGAUCAAGUACCUCCUGGGCCUGAAGAUCCCGAGGCCUCAGGGCUGGUUCACUUUGUUCAAGACCUGGUACGGUCUGCUCACCAACAUCGGAAAAACUAACAUUUGUGACCUUAUCACCAGUCUGGUGUGUUUGGCCGUACUUAUUCCUGCAAAGGAGCUCAAUGAUCGCUUUAAAGCCAAGCUGAAGGCUCCGAUCCCCUUUGAACUCUUUGCGGUCAUAAUUGCCACCCUCGCCUCUCACUUUGGCCACUUCAAUGCUGAAUAUGGUUCAGGGGUGGCGGGUGAAAUCCCCACCGGCUUCCUCCCUCCCCAAAUGCCAUCCUGGUCCCUCAUCCCCAACGUGGCCGUAGACGCCUUCUCCAUCGCCAUUGUGGGCUUCGCCAUCACCGUCUCCCUAUCGGAGAUGUUCGCCAAGAAGCACGGCUACAAGGUGGACGCCAACCAGGAGAUGUACGCCAUUGGCUUCUGCAACAUCCUGCCCUCGUUCUUCCGCUGCUUCACCACCAGCGCCGCUCUGACAAAGACUCUCGUCAAAGAAUCCACGGGGUGCCAGACUCAGAUUUCGGGGCUGGUCACUGCUCUCAUUCUGCUGCUGGUACUUCUAGUGAUCGCUCCUCUCUUUUAUUCCCUGCAGAAAUGCGUUUUAGCAGUCAUCAUCGUGGUGAAUCUCCGUGGUGCUCUACGAAAGUUCCUUGACGUGCCCAGGCUGUGGCGUGUCAACCGAGUGGACGCCUCCAUCUGGCUCAUAACCAUGGGAACGUCUGCACUGGUCAACACGGAGCUCGGCCUCCUCGUGGGGGUUUUGGCUUCAGCCUUCUUUGUUUUAGGGAGAACCCAGCGAGCCCAGAUCCUGGAGCUGGGCCGGGCUGAGACCAGGGAGCAUUAUGAAGACGUGUCGUCUUAUCGCGGCCUUCAGACGCACCCCGAAGUGGCGGUUUUCAGAUACGCAGCUCCGAUCUACUAUGCCAACCAGAGCUUGUUCAAAAAAUGCCUGUAUAAGCGCAUUGGGCUCAAUCCAGUGAAGGAGAAAGCUCGUCGUAUAAAGUUCAGCAAGUGCAAGCACCAAGAAGAGAACGGAGGAAAACCAAACACGAAGCCAGAGGAGAACAGUCCUGAGGUGUUGACCCUGGUACUUGACCAGGAGUCAUCCAGAAAACUUCACAGUUUAGUGAUUGACUGCAGCGGCGUCUUGUUUCUGGACACCGCCGGGGUCAAUGCUCUGAAGGAGGUCCGCAAGGAUUACGGCGAGGUUGGGAUCAAAGUUGUGCUAGUCCAGUGUAAUCCUUCUGUUCUGGACUCCCUGGAAAGAGGAGGGUACUUCAGCAGCAAAGACGACGGCGAUGUUGGAAACAAUAAAAUGAUUUUCUUCACCAUAAGUGACGGCGUACGAUACGCUCAAAGCCUCGCCACUGCUAAUGGAGAUUAUGGCAACCAGAGCUAGUUACACAUCUAUCCAGAUGUGGGUGGAUCUCGCAUACUGCCAAAGAUCUCAGUGGUUUCUCAUGUGUCUUAAUGAGUUUGUGGUGGAAGUUGAAGCCCUUACAUGUGUUACAAAUCACUGCAGUUUGAGUCUGUGGGACAGAGAAGCACUUAUUGGUCCAGGAGAAAAUGUACACUGUAGACAUGAACUGUAUUUAAGGUUUAUGUGGGUGAACGAUGAUAACUUCACCAGAGCUGUUACAGUAAGACAUAAAGGGGAUUUUUUUUUUUUUUUACACAGUUUAGUCUUAACUUAAGGAAAUCGUGUCCGAAAAUACUCUGAAUGUUUUUUUAGUUUCAAUUCCUCUUGAAUGUCUUAUCACUCAGUCACACGGCAGCAGCAGUUUACUGGUUAGACCAGGAGUCUGAGAGUGAACUUGAGGUCUUAGACCAAAGAUGCAUUAACUGUAUUCCGUCCCUUUUCUGACCGUGGGCGUGGGCUCCAAACAUUUUUUUUUUUAAUAAAGUCCACUUUUGAGCUGCUGUAAAAGAAAAAUGUCUAAAAAUUGAUCAGAUGUUUUAUAGAUUCGUCAGAAGAAAUCCUUCAAAUGUCUACAGUCUCUACUGUGUCUUAGAUUCUCAUUUAUUUAGAAAGAUUCCAUCAAAGUUCGAGGUAAAAUACCAGUCAACUGUAAAUGUUUCCCCUUUUCUCGAAGAGUCUUCCUCAGGUCUGACAUACAAUGAUGUGAGAGCUGGUCAUAAGAAGGCGUUCAAGAAAUGACCCCUCAUUCUGUAGGUUAGGAGAAAAACAGGCUAACAAACUCCAAAUUGUUUUAAGUUGUUGAAAGUACUUUUUUUCCUUCUCUAGAUGAAACCAGUUUGUUGGGUUCGAUGGUGGAAGAUUGUACACGAGUCCAUCAUUUCUUUUGAUAGAAAGUUUGCCUUUGCUAUCAGAAAUUCAAACCAUCUAUGUUCUCUGGAUAAGAUGCAGUCUUCACUGUCCUCUUAUGAAUGAUUUGUGUUCUUCAGGUAGAGGUGUGUACUGCAGAUUCUGGUCCACUGCGUUUAUCAACUAGUUUGCUGUAGUACAGUAAUGUGUUGUGGAAAAUUAUUUAAUUUCACCUAAUUGGCCAUUUUCAGAAUAUCAGCUUUGUGUUCGUCCAAAUAGGCCCAGAUAUCACACUAAGUAAAUAUGAUAUUAUAAAAUACUUUUUUUCUUUGUGUUUAUUUGAUUCUUAUUCAAGACACUUUGAUAGGAAUGACUGUAUAUUGUUAAUACAGAAGACAGUCUUUUUACAUUUUUUGGUAUUUGGUGUACCUUGAGAUUGUAUCAAGAAAGAACAAGACUUUGGGUCAAAAAAGGUUGAAACAUUUCACAAGAGCUGAUCUUAUAAUAUUGGUUAUGCAGCAUUUGUUUGGUUUGUCUGUCAGAUCAGGACAUUUUGCUGGCCAUAGAUCAUUUUGGAGUGUCUUCCUAUCAGUUACCUUCCGUGCUUGUGAUAUUUCCUUGGGCUCAGUUCUGGAAAGUUCUGAAGUUUGUACUGGAGCCUAUGUCUAGAGCUCUUCUCUUCACAUCCUCCAUGCAUAGGUUUCACAUACUGUAGCCAAACUUUACAAACUAUACAUCUACUCGCUUUUAUUGAACGGAGGAAGCUUCUGGAAAAAAGACGAAAAGUAUUGGGUAAUAAAAGAUAAAACACAUCCAGUUGACUGUUAUAUGUCAAAUACUGAAAUUUACAGAUAAACUUUUUAUGUCUCCUUAAUUAGUCAAUUAUAUUUUUACAAAUUGCCUCAGUUUUGCACAGAACAGGUAAAGAUGAAAGUAUCCAUUACUGUCCUUGUUUUCCUUUUUAGGAAGUCUUGAUGUAAAUGAAUGCUACUUAAGGAAAACAGUGGAGUUUCCUUAAAAAACAACACAUUUACAAAGACUUCUCACCUUCUAUUCAGCUUAUUUACACUUGAAUGACUGUGCCUCUUAAGCCUAUGCUAUCAAAUAUGUAUAUUUACCAAUGAAAAGAAAUACUCUUUUUCGUGUGUAAGCACCAACAUGAGGCAAAAACAAACGUUGGUAAAUCAAUGUUAAACAUCAAGAAUAACAUGAAUGAUGAUAUUUCAUCUUAUGUUCUUAGUCCACGGGUGGCUAUAGCUCAGUAAACAGUCUGCCAAACCCUUAAUACUCCAGACUGUAAGAAACCAGUGAGUCAAUUUGCAUUCAAGCAUCAAUGCUUCGUUCUUCCAUUUUUCCUGCUUUGGAGUCACUAAAGCUUUUAGCAAACAUUAUUCAUAUCUAUAUUUGAAGGCCUUCUCCUUCAACAAAGCCAGUCCUGAAUGUGUCACUUUGACAAAUUACUUCACAAAGUUUGUCUAUAAUCUGUGUUUACUGGAGAAAAUGACACUACACUCACUCUAGCUUUUCUUUCUCUAAUGUAGUAAGCAUACAAUCAGCUCAAUCUUUCUGUCCUCAUAAACAUGUAAAUGCAACUAUAUAUAAUUGGAGCAGGUUGAAUUUAGGUUUUUGUUGUUUCUUUGGUGAAUAUGAGGACGGCUGUAGAAAAGGAAAAUCAGAAAAGCUUCAGAAGUUUUGAUUGUAUUUUUCUUGAACAGGUUGUCCGUGCAAACUGGAAAAAAAUAUGUUGCCUUAAAACCAAAAUUAAACUAUGCAAUGUGUAUGUUCUGCAUUUUAAGAUUCUUCUGUGCUCAAAGAGUAUAACUGAAGGACUAUAAUUUUAAGCAAAGUUAACAUUUAAUUAUAUUUAUUCUUGCAAUAUAUUUAUCUCUUGAACUUCAAUUUCUACUGAUAUCAAUAACUAGCCAGACAAUUGAAAACUUGCUUCUUUUCUGCACAUUUCGUCUAUAUAUGUGCCUUACUUUGUCAUUUAAAAUGAUUCAUGCUUUUAAUAGAUGGGAAAAGCUUUUCUUAUAUAUUUUUGUUUUUGUGUAAAAACCAAAACUGCUGUUAAUCUCUGAACCAUGAGAUUGACAGUGUUUUGGCUGUUGCCAGACUUAAACUGUUCUGCUCUACCAAAGUUGAAUCUGUGCCUUACCAACCAGGAAUCCAGGUUCUGGGGUUUGUAGUUUUAUAUGUUUAUAGUUGGAGUCAUGUUUUAAGAACAAUGUUCUAUUUUGUUUUUCCUGCACUUUUAAUCAGCCGUAGUUUUGAAGAAAGUGUUUGUCUUGUGUAGAAACUUCUGAAAUUGUUAAAUAGUUUAAAUAGUUGCAGAGAUAAACUUCUUCAGUAAUGUAUUUAAUGUUAUUUAUUCCUUAAAGCUUUUUAUUUGUGAAGGUGAGAUGUUUUUCUCUAUGUUUGAUCUGAGACAAAUGUUUAUGACUUGUGAAUAAAGUUGGGCUUUGAAAGUGAA